AUGGUGUUAUCGGAUGAAUGGAAAGAGCUUAAGAAGCCUGCAAUUGCAGAAGAACAUGCAAACAUCACCUCAAUUAUCAUGGAUGGGUAUUUUUGGAGUAAUGCGGAUAAAGUGUUGCGCAUAACAAAGCCGAUGUAUAUUAUGCUCAGAUUUUCGGAUUCCGACAAGGCCGUUAUAGGAGAAGCAUAUCAGCAAAUGGAUAUGAUGCUGGGCUGUUUACAAGACACACUUGCAGAUGAUAUAGAUAUUAAAAAUAUUAUUCAGCAAAUUGUGGUUCAAAGAUGGAGUAAAAUAAAAAUUCCAUUGCAUUGCUUAGCUUAUUUGCUUGUACCUAAGUAUUACACAAAUACAUGGCUAAUGAAACCAGCUCCGGGUGGCGUUAACAGGAAGAAGCCUAACUACGACAAAGAAGUUCAGGAUGGGUAUCUAGCUGCUAUCGAUAAGAUGUUUCCAAUAUCGGAAGAAGCUGCAGUUAUACGACAUCAAAUUAGUGAUUUUGUGAGUAAUGGAGGUUCUUUCGCGUGCCCACAAGCUAUAGCGGAUAGAGCAAGGAUGAGUGCAAAACAGUGGUGGGGUUUAUAUGGCGGAGGGGCACCGGAGCUUUGCAUCUUAGCUAUGAGAGUGUUGUCACAAAGUGUUAACUCUACUUGUGCAGAAAGAUGUUGGAGCAUAUAUAGCUACAUCCACAGUGUAAAGAGAAACAAAUUGGGAUCUGAUAGGGCUGAAAAACUUGUGUAUGUUCACUAUAACCAACGUCUUCUUGCAAGGCAAAGAGCCGAUUACGAGAUUCAAUAUAGAAACUGGGAUGUAAAUCCGGAAGAAAACAACAUUGAAGAAUCUAUUGAAAUAAUUGAAGCAAGGGAGCGACACACAAUAUCUGAUAAUGAAGUGGAUUACUUUACAACACAAACACCUGCUGUCCUCCAUCCUCCCCUACACCUCCACCUCCACCUCCACCACCACCUCCAAGUUCACAAGAACAUGAAACACUUGCACAAAUGCGAGUUCAGAGUGCUUGUAAGAAACACAAGAAGCAAAAGAGGUCAAUGA